CGCCUCCUCCCCAACCACAAGUAAACUCGAAGUUCCAUACAACUGGCACUUUCUUCCAACCUCAAUUGACCACGAUUGACCCAUCAUCAAUCAACCACUCACCCCCUCAUUCAGCCCUCAACAUCCAGUCUCAAUCCUCCUCCACCCAACCCAAAAGAACUUACCCUCACCAACCUACUCCCUCAAAAAAGAAAAACCAAAAGACAACCGCCCAAAAUGUCACCCCUGGAUCAAGCCCUCCACCAAAUCGACACCCUCCACAGCACCGACCCAACCAAAACCCCAACAGGAACACCAUACGAACUGCACUACGCCCAGAGAAUGACCGCCUGGCUGCACAAACACACGCCCGACCCCUCGCCGACCCUCCAACUCGCCAUCCGUGCGCAACACCUAAAACGCUGGGAAGUGCCACGGGCAACCUACCCAGAGGGGAAAGCGGGGUACUACGCGUGGCGGACGGGGCUGGCGCGGCGGCAGGCGGAGAUAGCGGAGGGGGUGUGCGUGGGGUGCGGGAUGAGCGAGGCUCACGCACAGCGCGUGGGCGCGUUGAUCCGGAAGGAAGGAUUGCGGGGUGGGGAGGAUGUCGAGGCGCAGAUCCUGGAGGAUGUGGCUUGUUUGGUGUUUUUGGAGGAGCAGCUGGAGGGGUUUGAGGUUGGUGUUGAGGAGGGGAAGGUGGUUGCUAUUUUGCGGAAGACGUGGGGGAAGAUGUCUGCGCGGGGCAGGGAGUUGGCGUUAUCUGAGGUGGAUUUGGGGGUUAGAGGACGGGAGUUGGUUCGGUUGGCUUUGGGGGAGUCUUAGAUUUAUUCUUAUUGAAAAAAUUGGGUGGUGGUAUAUUUAUGGUUCUUUGUUAUGGGUUGAUUCAAAGAUCUGAGUCCUUAUUAAGAAUAAACGCCCGUCUUUAUCCGUGGUA